AUGGGAUGUUUUGGAAUCAACAGGGCUGGCUCUCGGAGAGUGGUGCACCUGGUGGGGCUGCUCUGCAUGGGGCUUGGGCUCUCCCCGAGGCUGGCCCAGCUCCUCACCGCCAUCCCGCUGCCUGUGCUUGGUGGGAUGCUUGGGGUGACCCAGGCCGUGGUUCUGUCUACUGGAUUCUCCAGCUUCCACCUGGCUGACAUUGACUCUGGGCGGAAUGUCUUCAUUGUUGGCUUCUCCAUCUUCAUGGCUCUGCUGUUGCCAAGAUGGCUUCGGGAAGCCCCAGUCCUGCUGACCACAGGCUGGAGCCCCUUAGAUGUGUUACUGCGCUCGCUGCUCACAGAGCCCAUCUUCCUGGCAGGACUCUUGGGCUUCCUCUUAGAGAACACCAUUCCUGGCACAAGGCUUGAGCGAGGCCUAGGUCAAGGGCUGCCAUCUCCUUUCGCUGCCCAAGAGGCUCAGCUGCCUCAGAAGUUCAGGGAGAAGGCUGCCAAAGAGUAUGAGCUUCCUUUCCCCAUCCAAAACUUGCGUCCCUACAUCCCUCAGCCCCUCCGUUGCCUCUGCCCACUGCCUGAAGACCCUGGGAAUCAGGAAGGAGGGCCCUCUGAGCCAGGAGAGACAGCCGACUUGUUGCCUGGCUUUGGGGAGCAGUGUCCUGAGUCUAGAAGAGAACUUGGGUCCCAGUGAUUACCAGUACUCCUACUCCUGCCCUGGUUAGUUUACCCUAUCUCCCAGCUUGCUGGAGGGUGAGUUCCCGGGUUCUAAUUUCUCCUAGGAAGAAGGUGUGUGUGUGUGU